UCCGGGUAGGAACCAUCGGUAGGAACACUUCCACUGCGGUACGUCACUUCCUGUGAAUCUUUGAUAAAGACGGGCCUGGCGGAAUCUCCGCGGGUUAAUUUUUUGGGUUUGUUCGGUGAAUCCGUCGGGAAUCGGAGCCAUCAGAACCGCAGACAUGACGGUGGGUAAGAGCAGCAAGAUGCUGCAGCACAUUGACUUCAGGAUGAGGUGCAUCCUGCAGGACGGGCGAAUCUUCAUCGGCACCUUCAAGGCCUUCGACAAACACAUGAACCUGAUCCUGUGUGACUGUGACGAGUUCAGGAAGAUCAAGCCGAAGAACUCAAAGCAGCCGGAGCGAGAGGAGAAGAGGGUUCUGGGUCUGGUCCUGCUGAGGGGGGAGAACCUGGUCUCUAUGACUGUUGAGGGCCCGCCCCCUAAAGAUACGGGUAUAGCUCGUGUCCCGUUGGCGGGCGUGGCUGGUGGUCCAGGUGUUGGUCGGGCAGCGGGCCGUGGUGUCCCUGCAGGAGCUCCGAUGCCUCAGGCUCCGGCCGGGCUUGCCGGGCCUGUAAGAGGCGUGGGUGGACCUUCGCAGCAGGUGAUGACUCCGCAGGGCCGAGGGACGGUUGCCGCGGCAGCAGCAGGAGCAAGUAUUGCCGGCGCUCCCACACAGUACCCACCUGGACGAGGAGCCCCACCCCCAAUGGGCAGAGGAGCCCCCCCUCCUGGUAUGAUGGGUCCACCCCCUGGCAUGCGGCCCCCGAUGGGUCCUCCGAUGGGGAUGCCGCCGGGUCGAGGAGCUCCAAUGGGGAUGCUCCCACCAGGCAUGAGGCCGCCACCCCCCGGCAUGAGAGGACCUCCUCCUUCUGGGAUGAGACCGCCCCCUCGGCCCUGAGGAAGCACCGCCCCUCUCAGACUCAACUGUUGUAUAGAAUUUUUUUUUUUUUUAUCUUCUGUUUUUUAAUAAAGUUUCAGGAUGGUUUGAUUUCA